UCUCUGAUGUGAUUGGUAGUGUAAGUCAGAAAUGUUCCAGGUCGAAAGUUCAUUUUGAUUUCAAUUUCAAACUAAACAGAAUUAACCGUCUUAUAAUCAGAAAGGUUUUGUCUUUACAAGUUGGUGGACGUAAAAAUUCAAGGCGGUUAAACGUUAUAAUUUGCAUAAAAAUAUAGUGAUUCAAGUUUCAAGUAUUGUUAUACUAAUAUAGUUCCUUGGCGUUGGCGUGUGUUACAUUUUAGUCCACUCUCCCUUUUGUAGAAGAAAUCUAGACGGUUGUGAGUCAUCCGGCAUUCAGACAAUAGCUAAAGGCCACAUUGAGAUUUUUUUAAAAAUCGACAAGAACAUAUAUUAAGAAUGACUUCCACAAGUUUUAAUAUUGGUUUAGCUGAAGCUAAAAAUUCGAGCCGGGUUCUUAAACCACCAGGUGGUGGACACACCGAUAUUUUUGGCAUUACUGGAGGCAGUGAAAUAACUACACCAAGCAAAAAGAAAAAUGUACCUCCAACGACAAUCAGUAGCUGCUUUUUCCAGGAGGAUGAAAAACCCAGAGCUAUAGAUCAACUUGAUAAUCUAGACAAUGAAUCUAAUGGCCAGACAAAUGGCAAUGGAAAUAUAAUUGAUGAAAAUACAGCACCUGCCCAGGAAAUUAAAGAAGAUGAAAAGAAAAAUGAAGCAGAGCCUCCAAGAAGAGUAAGAGUUCCUCCAGGUGGCUUUUCUUCUGGUUUGUGGUAAAUUUUCUCAGUAUGUAUCAUAUAUUGUAUUCUUCUAUUUUUAAACGUUUUAACUAGGAUAUAGAUAUUAACAGAGGCAGUUUAUACCUAUUCAUCUUCAAUGCUUGGGGACUAUCUUAUUCCAGAUUAUUCAAAUUAAGUACACUUUUUCAUAAAUUUUUAAUGAGUAUGCUAUGAUAAUUAUAUAUUACAGUGGAACCUCAAUUAUCCGUCAGGGCACCGGACCAAGGGUAUGACGGAUAAUCGAAAAGACAGUUAACAGAACAUUAAAAAAAUUGAAAAUUGAUAGUACAACUCUCAAAUUGUAUUUACAUGCUUUGUUUUAUAAGAUAAGAGGAAUUUUUGUUCAUACAAACGAAUCAAUUUGGUUUAAAAUAUUCUGAAAUCUUUGUUUGUUUUACUGAUGCUUCACAUUUUUCUUAAUCCGUGUAAGAUCAUGCAAUCUACUUUAUUGGCUUCUUGUCAAGAAUACCACUCGAUGAAUUGUUGCAUGUGCAAUGCAGCUUCUUUACCCAAAUCUUGGUCAGUUCAAUCAGUUGCAAUAACAUCAACAUCGUCACCAUUAAAUUCCGAGUCUAUGUCAGCUUGUGAAUCUGUUUCGUCCGCCUCUUUUGCCAUUUCAAUUAUUUCAUCAUCUGUCAGCCAUCGUCCUUGUCACAAAUUAACGAUUUGUUUAUGUCCUCUUAGUCAACAAAAAAAACCAGUUGAUUCAGCCCUAACUUCAUUUGUUAGCUCAAUGCUCAAACAAAAUGAAUUGAUGACCCAAUUUUUGCUUAUGUAGUCAAUACAAUUUACGUACAGACCCUGACGGUUAACAGAGGUGACUGUUAAUAGAGAGACGGAUAAUCGAGGUUCCACUGUAUAUGGUAUAUAUAUGGAUGAGUACUGAACCUAUAGUGGAAUGUGAAAGCAAAUAUGUGGAUACAAAGAUACCGAAUUAAAUAAAUGUAAGUAUUUAUCCAUUUAUGUAGGAUAUUAAAUUAAGACUGUUUUUCGCCAAAUGUAUGUUUUGUGAUAAAGUCAACUGAAUUUUGAAUCUGUUCACAAGCUUAACAAUGCUCUGAACCAAAUAUUUCAAUUUAAUGAUAAUUAUAAAAUUUUUAACAGCAAUUUUUCAUUAUGUAUUCUUGUAAUAAUUUUCUGUUUUGAAUAUUAAAAAAUAUUUUUGUAAUAGGAACUGUGCCAUUGUUUAACAAACCUGAACAUAAAAAAAAUACCUUUGAAAUGAAUUGACCUAUACUAAAAUUACAAUAAAGAUGCACUAGAAAUAAACAAACCAAGACACAUUGAAUGUUACAAGGAGCACUCUCGAAUCAUGAUUUACAAUGUAUAAACUUUGUAAAUCAUGAUUUGGGAGUGCUCCUUGUAACAUUCAACGUGUCUUGGGUUGUUUAUUUCUAGUGCAUUUUUUUUAUAAUUUUAGUAUGGGCUAUUCCACGAAUAUACGACUAUCUUGGAUUAUCGCCACAACGAAUAUUUUAGUGUGCAACAUAAGAAGUGCGAAAGUAAAUGGCUCUACUAAUUGUUCCAAUAAACAACAAUGUAUUUUGCAAUUUACUUUCAUUCUUUAUAAUUUACACAGUAAAAUAUUCGUUGUCGAGAUAAUCCACAACAGUCGUAUGUUCGUGGAAUAGGGUAUAUAAAUCUUUAUCUUUAAUAUCUAAUUUAUUAUCAAAAUACAAAAUAUUUAGUAUCAAAAUACAAAAUAUUUAAUAAUACAUUUAAAAAUACAAAUUGAUUAUGCUGUUUUGUUAAAAUUAUCAACAUUAGACAUGUUAAUUACAGGUAAAACAUAAUGCAGUGGUUAUAUAACUCAUAAUUGUGUGGUGGCAGACAACUCAAUUUUUGAGAAACAUUUUUAUUUAUGAAACCUCCAGUGGACAGCAGCCAUAUGGAAAUACAAUGUAAUUUUAUUUCGCCUGUCCGCUGCAGGGUUAAAAACACCUAAAACAAUAAUCUACUGCUGAAAUAGAUGACAGUUCAAAAUGUUAAAUGUCUAGUUUCAUAUAUGAAAUAGUGAUCUUUUUCACACUCACGAUUUUAGCUUUAAUUGAAUGGGUCCGCCGAAUAACAUUGUAAGUAUCCCAUUGUUCGUUUUUGAGAAGUUGAAGAAAAAGUUUUAAAAUUGUGAUAAUGGUGAGUUUAUACAUUUUAAGGGUGAGUACAACCUUUAAAUGUAUAAGUUUGCCAUUGUUAUAAUUUUAACACUUUUUUUCUAUUUCUUAAAAACAAGUGAUUAGGCACUUACAUUAUUCAGUGGACCCGUCAAAUUAAUUUUAACUAUAAAACUGAAAAGUUGACUUGUCUGCUUGUGUCCCCUAACCACACAGUUAUCUAUGUGAUCUGUUUUUAUUAAAUAGUUAAUUUUCCCGUAAAUUUACUUGAAAAUAUCACCAAAUCAUUGACUCAGUAAACAUACAAACAUCUGCCAGACAGAUUAAAUGAAUAUUAUGACAGGUCUUUAUAAAAAAAAAUACAAUGUACUUGUAGACAACUCGAUAUACUGAUGUGUAUGCAAGUUACAGCGUUACUGUAACAGAUACAGGUAAACCUAGUUUUGUAUAAGCUUAUACAUUAUGCUGGUACAACACUUCGCUAUGUGCUAUUUGUUACGUGGCUACUCUGUAUGCACCCAAAUAUUUGUCUUUUGAAGUGUGUAAAAACUGACAACUGGAUGGAUAGGCAUAUUUGCCAUGUAUGCUUAUGUGCUAUGUGUGCACAUAAAGCGAAUUUUGAUGAAUGAACCCUCCACACUUAGUCCUAUGUGGCUGAAUAAGGUGCAUAACAAAUAACACACAGUGAAGUGUGUUGCGGCAACAUUAGAUAAACCACAUUCAAAAGUGACCUCAUGCUGUUGAAUACUUCUGUACCUUGGCAUUUUGUUAGCCCAGAGUUAUACUGUUGUAUGUUCUAGUUUUGAGAAAAGGGAAAAACAAAAAAGAUUUUAGUUUUAUUAAUCAUUUUUUGUUUUUUCCCUUGGCAUUUUGUUGAUAUUCAUUAAAAUGAAAUAAAUUUUUGUUUUUCGCUUUUUUCAAAACAUACAACAAUAUAACUGAGCUAACGAAAUGCCAAGGGAAGGAAGUUUUUAACAGCAUGAGGUCACCUUUCAAUGUGGUUUGUCUAAUGUGUAAGCUUUCCUUUGUCAUUGGGUUGUAUGGAUAAAAGUUUAUGAGGACAAGCCAAAUAUAGUUUCAAUUGAUUUCUACAACUGGGUAAUUCUAUUCAGGGUCAGAAUAACUGGUAAAACAGGUGAAUUAUAAAAAUAACAGGAAUUAUAAAUUAGUGAUGAAGACAGAAUUUUUAUUUGAUUUUAAACUUACAUUUUCACAAUGGUAUCAAAAUGUUCUCAAAUAAGAGCUGCUCUGUAUUUAAAUCAGUGUAAACAAAAAUUUUGUUAGUCAUGGCAACCCUUUUUGCGGAAAACUGAAAAGAACUAUAAAUCCACAAACUAUAACCAAAAAAUGAUAUAUUUCAGCUCAUUUCACCAAAAAUGUAAAAGAACGAUUUCAGACGUUUUGGUUUACACUGAUUCAUCUGUUCUGCAAAUGUUUCACGGUACUGUUUAACAUUUAAUAUAGUUUAUUGUUAGCAAGUAGUAAAUAGAAAGCAAAACAAGGAAGCAAUAAGCACAUAUGGAUUUUUUCACAAAAGACUCAUACUCCUUGUUGUAUUUUCUAUGGCCUUUGUAUUCCACUAUUUAUUCCACAUUUUGUGUUAGCAAAGACAACUGCCUCUGAAAAGUAAUUUGUUUUUGAUACAUGACUAUUUUUGUGUUUUUUAGUUUUUUUUUGUAAGUUAUCCUUGCAUUAAAUUUGUUUAUUUAAGUAAACAAUUUAAAAUUUUGUAAAUUUUUCAAUGUGCUUUGUCAUUAAUACUCUAAGCAUUUGUUAUUUUUCUAAAAGGCUGAUAAUUUUAUAAUAAAAAUAAUUAAAUAUU